UACCCGCGACACUAGCUCCCCUGGCGGGAGGAAGGAUUAGUACACUCGGGCCAACCUCCGCCAAAACCUACUCUACGGAUGGGGACAAAAUAGAUUCAUUUAUACAAGGAAGGCGGGCAGCAGCAAGCUGGACUGUGGUGAGCUCCCAGCUACUUACUCAACCCUCCCCCAUGGACAAAACAUAAUUAAACUGGAGAAUCUGCUCCGUGAGAUGCAGGAUAGUCAGCAUGGGGUGCCGGUCAGAAGCCAGAAACUGUUCCUUACCUCCAUACCUGCCGCAUUCAUGGGCUAUGAUCUGAUCGAGUGGCUAAUGGAUCGACUCUGUAUUGAAGAUUCAUUGGAGGCAGUCCAUCUUGCCAAUCUUCUGUGCCAGUUUGGAUACUACUUCCCUGUCAACGAACAGAAGAACCUUCUCGUUAAAGACGACAGCUCUCUUUAUAGAUUUCAGAGUCCCUAUUACUGGCCCUCACAGCACCAUACUCCAGACAAUAUAGAGUACGCUAUUUAUCUUUACAAGCGUGCUCAGAGGCGGAGAAACAUCCACGGCCUUGAACCCGGUCUCCCGGUUAGUUUAUACGACAGUUUAACCCAGAACUUCGGAAACCCCCAAAAAAUUUAUGAAAUGGAGCAGCGGGUGAAAGCCCGGAGAAACAACAAAGAGCUGCUGAAAGAGGAGAUGGAAUUCCUCAAGAAGUAUCUCAGUAUCUCCAGGGUCAGGACCAGCCAGGUUGCUGAAAGUUUGCUGGAUUUUACGGAUACGUUUGUCGACUACGAUCCUAUCCUUGUCGGCGUUGGUCCCUCGAAUCCUUGGAUGAGUGACGAUAUUGCUUUCUGGGAGAUCAAUAAACCUAUUCCCGAGGUACCAACAAAGAAGCGUGUUGAACGCUGGGCAAUUAGUUUAGAGGAUACCGUUUCAGAUUACAAGAGUACAGUCUAUACCUACAAGAGUACAGUCUAUACCUACGAGGAUUAUGAGAUGGAUGCGUUAAAUAAUCUGAAGAAGAUUUUAGCUGGAAAAUGGGAUUUUGUCACCAUGCAGGCGGAGGAACAGGAGCUGCUGGCGUUUAUGAAGAAGGAGUACUGCCAUGAGAACAUGAGGUUCUGGUUAUCUGUCCAGGAGUUGAAGCGAGGACCUGGAACCGAAUCUAAAAUCAAGAAGAAAGUCAAGGAGAUCUGGGAAGAGUUUCUGUCCCCUGGAGCAGGUGCAGAGAUUAAUAUUGACGGGAAAACCAUGGAAGAAACUAAACUAGCGAUGAAAUCUCCAACAAGGCAUACGUUCGAUCGUGCAGCUGACCACGUCUAUACUCUUCUCUUGAAAAAAGAUUGCUAUCCAAGGUUUCUAAGGUCUGAGCAUUAUAAAACUUUGCUCGCUAAUGCGUUAAAUCCCGGAAGCUCUAGGAAAAGGUUUUUCAAUUUCCCUGUGAGGAAGAAACCCUCGCAUAAUCACCCCUCAAACCCUGGCCAACCCUGCACCAGCACUACAGCCCGAGAUCCUCGCGACUUUACGAUCUACGGCAUGGACGUGAAAAAUGAGCAGGAAUGCGCAGAUCAAAGUUUAACAUCCAGUAGAGAGUUUGAUGAGGCCUGCCCUUGGGAAACUGAACAUAAAUCCCCUUUGCCCGAUGUGUCACGGAACAGAAAGCUGUCAACUGCUGGAAGUGAACACCCCCUUUCUAUUGACUAUACACGGCCUAAGCCGGAGACAAUUGUGAAGGAACUGGUGGGAGAGAGCAGUAGCUUGCCCAUGAGAGAAGCAGCGCCUCACCAGCCCUUGUGUGAAGCUAAAUCCUAUAGUGAAGAAAGUAGUCACGUGAUAAGUAAAAGUAGCCACCCUAUUGGUCGGAAUAUUGAUACAGAGGAGGAGAGGGGAAGAAUGGAAGUUGAUAUUGAAGAGGAACCUGAAGAUUUAAACAAGGUGGAUGUAACUAAUGAGACUGUUCACGAAGAUGUUGAAGGAAAGUUGUCUGACAACUCAAUCUUCUCAAUUGGAACAGGUUCUCCACCCUCCCUUCAUUCAACCCACUCAUAUCAGGACCCCUACAAACCAAACCAGGAGGACCCGACACAACAUAGAAUUAAAAAUCCCAAUGGAUUCCCGCGCAAAACUUCAAUGGAAAAGAAGACACGUUACACCACGUCGGAGUCAGCUGAUCUAUCAGCUGUCGAAUCAGCUGACGCUACCAGAGAACAGCUUGCAGCUGGAACAACAAGCAUGGAAGAAGAUGAACAGGAUGGUUGGAUCUCAGAAGAAGUCUGUCCUUGGGAAGAUGAUACUCUUACUCCAACAUGGCUGUAAACGUCUGUUCCUCCUCAUUCCAUAAUUAAUAGAAUGUGUGACAGAUAUCAAGUUAGUUCUGACAAUAGUGUUCCUGCUUUUACUCAUCAUCAGAACAGGACGAGUCGUUUAGACUUCUACAGUAUUCUUCACUAAAUCAACCCACUACAUGAUAUGGGAUAAAAGACUCAAUGGUGAAAUAUCAAUUUAAUAAAUAAUUUUCACGGGUUUCCCGUAUUUACCCUUACACAACGUUAAUAACACGUUAAUUCAGGUGUUAGCAGAUUCCUAACUGUUUGAUUGUUAAUGAAAAAUUCAAAUUGGUCUUUAAGGCAAGCUCUUAAUAUUAUUUUUCCUGUCUUCGAUUUUAAUCCUGUGUUCAUUGGUUGGGUUUACAAUGUUGGGCAUUUUUCUAUAAAGUUUUCGUGAACACAAGGACCAAAUUUGUAAAAAUAAUCCUUUAUAUACAUAAAAUACAUUAUUGGCCAUUCAAAUCAUCUCGCUUCAAACUCUACUUUGAGAUUUUGAAAAUAAGACUUGACAAAAGUGAUAAAAUAUAACUAAUCAAAUGAGUAAAAAUGCAGCUUUAAUCAUAUUAGCUUUGACGUUAAUAAAACUACUGGCCAUUAUCAAAGAAAUCAGUUGUUGCAUUAGCGGCCAUUUUGGAAUUUUUUAUCUCGUUUUCCCGCAUUUGAGCCUAACCAGUGUGCAGAUAGAAUUACAUACAUUUUUAAAAUUACUACUUAAUUGGCAUAGAUCCCCUUUCUGCAUUUAAAUCCUAGGGCCAAGGGUACUUAACAUAUUUAUCUUAAUGAAUGUUGCCAAGUGAUUAUUAUUUCUAAAACAGAUAGCGGUAUAUCAUAAUAGAUUCCAUACCUACAAUAACAUAUAGUAAAGUGCGUGUGUGUAUGUAAAAAAUAAAUUGUAUUUCCAACUGUUAACUGAUUACAAUGACCAUAAUUGUUAAAUAAUGUUCGAAUUAUGUAAUUUACUAAUCAAGAUAUUCUAUUUUUAUUCUAGCAUUCUUUCCUGGCAGAAAAAUGAACAUCCAUGUCUAGAAUAUGAAAAAUUGUAUGUUUUCUCCUCAUAAUCUUUAUAAAACCGGUUUUUGCUGAAAAUAUUUGUUACUUUGUAGUUGUUUAAGGAUCAUGUACAAACUCUGAGGAAUGUCUGAAGAAACGAAUGUCGAUAUGAUGUGUUUAUUCCGUAAAUGUGAUAAAUAGAACAACUGAGCCCCUAAAAGUGCAUCUAAAUGCACACAUAAAAUUCUUUUUAUCACAUUAACAAAAUGAACUUGUAUUUAAAUUAAGAGAUGUAAAUUGGUGUGUGAAAAACUACAAAAAUCUUGAAGUUUAUUCGUUCAAAAUAUCUGUAAGAAAGUUGUUUUGAAUAUCUUCGUUUAAUUAUGUAAAAUGUAUAGUUUGUAAGCUUUGUAACAAUUAUUAAGAAGCAUCAAUUUUAAAAACAAAUUCUAUUCGGCCCUAACCAAUCUUUUGCACAAAAUUAAAAACGAGAAAAAGUUUAAUUUUUCAAAGGAUAUCUUGACUUCUAUACAGCGCUUUAAUUUGCUUGCUAAUACAAUAUACAUGUACACAGUUGUACCAUGUACGCAGUUGUACCAUGUGUACACAGUUGUUCACAAUCGUUUCUUUAUGUUCGGCGUGUUUAACAAUGAAAUUAUAAAAUAUUAAGAAAUGUUUUUAUAAAAAUGUAAUCUUUCAUCUUUCCAGUUUUCAAAUUGUUCAUAAUCCGGUUUAUGUUUUGUACAUCUGUUGUUAAUAAUUACAUUUAAUACUAAAUAAAUGUACUUAAGUGUACAUUUGUAGCUUGAACAUUUCUUUGCAAUAAAACACAGAACUGUAAACAUACAGCUGCACAAUACAGAGUUCUUAACAUUAUAGAGUAACCGUUUGAUGCCAUCAUACAUUAGAUAAAUUGUUUGAACAAACCAGUUAUACUUUAAAGCCUAGAGUAACUAUUGAAUCUUUAAAUUAAUACUUUGAUUCCUCUAGAUCAAAGUAAUCCUUCGAUGAUGAUUGUUCAAGUUAACCAUCUGACACUGUUGGUUCUAUUCAAUCAAAUCUGAUAAAUCAUGGAAACAAAGAAACUUUCUGAUGUUAAAACAAUUAAGUGAACUCGAAAUUUAUGUUCCAUAUUCAACUUAUGGUCAUUGUAAUCUACUAUUCCUGAAUGUUGUAUACAUAAAUUUUGAAAAUAAACUUGAAAAAAGUA